GAUAUGUUCGUUGGGUGUAAUUGGAAGAUUUGAUUGUAAGACUAGCGGCCUCAAUUUAAGCUUAAAAAAUAUUAUUCCCUUUAAAUCGUUUGAAUGAAACAAAAUAUUUUUGCGUAAUAAAAAUACAAUAUUCCUAAUGGAUUUACUAUUAUUAUUAUAUCAAAAAUCUAUAAUACUUCAAUAUAGCCAAUGGAUAUUUAUGUCUAUUAUAAUAAUAAUUGCUUUAAACUGGUUCUAUAAAUAUAAACUACAUAAUAUUUUGCCACUUGGAAAAACAUUGGAUGAUAAUACUGUAAUAGCCAAUAAACUUAAUAAUGAUGAUGAGGAAAAUGAUGAAUAUACUCCUGCAUUGGAAGAAAAUGAGCAUAUUCCAUAUGAAGGUGCUACAAUAAAACUACCUGGUGGUGCUCAACAAUUUUAUGAAAUGGUACAUAAUCGACGCAGUGUACGAUCAUUCAAAUCACAUCCCAUUCCAUCCAUAAAUGUAAUAAAAACCUGUAUACAAGCUGCAGGCACUUCACCAAGUGGUGCUCACACCGAACCCUGGACAUUUUGUGUUGUUAGUAAUAGUGAAUUAAAACAACGUAUACGUGAAAUAAUUGAAUUCGAAGAGGAAUUGAAUUAUAAGCAACGAAUGAGUCGUCAGUGGACAACGGAUUUACGACCAUUGAAAACAGAUCAUAUCAAACCUUAUUUAACGGAUGCUCCUUAUCUUAUAUUGAUAUUUAAACAGAUUUACGGUUUCACCAAGUCUGGCAAACGUAAACAACAUUAUUAUAAUGAAAUUUCUGUGUCUAUUGCAACGGGUAUUUUACUGUGUGCCCUACAGGCAGCUGGUUUAAGUUCACUUGUCACCACACCUUUAAAUUGUGGUCCUUUUCUACGAGAUCUUUUGAAUCGUCCCGCUAAUGAAAAAUUACUUGUUCUUUUGCCAGUCGGUUACCCGGCAGAUGAUUGUAAGAUUCCCGAUUUGCAGCGGAAGGAUCUAAGAGAUAUUAUGCAAAUGUAUUAAUUGAUGCAAAUCUAUUAUUAUUACUCAAUUAUGUAUUAUAUACACAUGUACAUACAUAUACAUAUUAUGUAUGUAAACAAAAAUUUAUGAUUUUUGUAGAUCAAGGCGGAUUUAAAUAAAUAAAUCUCUAUGAAUACAUCCAAGACUUAUUUAGUAAGAUGACAACAUAAGCACAGGGUAUAUACUUUGUGGCAUAUGAAAUUUCAUAUCACCAUUCAAUUUUCCCAAACUCUGAAAAUUAAUUAACUUGCACCUGCUGUCAUUCUUCAAUAAUUUGUCUUGAAAAAAUGUUUUUUAACGCCGUUUAUAAAUAGACAGGCAUUGAUGUUUUUAUCAGUCAUUCGAAACUAUAAUGCUGCCAUACUUACAAAUUAACACAUAUGGUUAAAUUUAAAAACAAAACCGC